UAUAAGAUGGUGAGACUAAAAAGUUAUACUGUGCUCAAAAACUUUUUAUGGUUGACGACUACAAUGAAUAUCAUCAUGGUUACCGCAGCUAACUUCACGACAGUCUUUCCCGAGAUUCCAGAGUACGCCUGGAGCGGCUGGAGCAGCUGGAGUCCGUGCUCCAGGUCUUGUGGAGGAGGAGUGUCGGUGCAGGAGAGGCAUUGUUUGCCAAGAAACAGUGCAAACGGUACAGUUCCUGGAGUACGAGUGAGCCGACAGACACACGAGUGUGUUGGGAUUGACAAGAGAUACCAGGAGUGUAAUACUAAGCCAUGUAUAGUUGGAGAAGGCGACAUGCGUGCGGCGCAGUGCUCAUUAUACGACCGGCGCCCUUUUCGGGGGCGGUUUUACACCUGGGUGCCUUAUGUGGAUGGUGCUUCUCCAUGUAUGCUGAACUGUCGUCCGCUGGGUCAGCAUUUCUACGCUUCCCUCUCCCUGGUAGCCGACGGUACACCCUGCACCAGCCCCGGGCAUAGGGCUAUAUGCAUCCAGGGCACUUGUCAGAUUGUCGGUCGCGAGUCUGUCCUGGGGGUCUCGGAGGCCCGGUGCGGCAGGCGCCUGGUGUCGGGCCUGUUCGCGCGGCCUCGCCUACCCCUGGGUUACUCGUACGUAACCACCGUGCCCCGCGGCGCUUGCGGGUUGAACGUGUCGGAAAUUGUGUCUAGUGAUAAUUAUAUUGCACUGAAGAUAAGCAACGGCUCGUACAUAGUGAAUGGAGAGUUCGCGAUCAGCGCACCGGGGUCCUACGAGGCGGCUGGUGCGAGGUUCAUCUACAGUCGCGAGGCUGGACAGGAUGUGGUGACCGCGCAUGGUCCGAUACUACAGCCUGUGGAUAUCAUGAUCCUAUACACACAGCCUGGACCAAGUAUAAAGUACGAAUUCUUCACGGAGUCUCUGCCAGGAGAACUGAACGACGACACAACGGCCAUACCAGAGACAACGACUACGAAACACAUAAGACGACAUCACGACAGACAUCUCAACUUCGAGAGUCUGACUAAAGAUUCGAAGAAUCGCAUUGAGGACACUGGGCCGAGGAAGUUCAUGUGGAAGAUUCUGUCGUACGGCCAGUGUACUAGAACCUGCGGUGGAGGUAUUCAGAUCGGUAAAUACCGAUGUGUAGAAACGAGUCUGAGCGGAGAUAGAGAAGUAUCUUCAGCACACUGCUAUGGAUCACCACCAACCUCUAGAAGACGACGAUGUGGAAACAUCCAGUGUCCACCACGAUGGAGAACCGCGGCAUGGUCUACCUGUCCCCAGUGUGGUCCUGCCACGAGGACCAGAAUAGUUGGCUGCGUGCAAGACCACAUGAGAGGAAUUACUAAGAUAAGCGAUGCAAAGUGUCCAGCUCCGAAACCAACGACCACAGAAGCCUGUAACAUCCCCAACUGUGCCCACAUCGCUGUGCGGCCAGCAGAGAGACAGAACGACCAGACAGACCACUUCAGAGACGGUCCUGUGUAUACCGUGGCGUUGAACUCUACAGACUUCGAUAUUGGUCCCGAAUACAGUUUGAGCGCUGGAGGAUGGCAGUAUACGAAUUGGUCUGAGUGUGUUGGCUGGUGUGUCGGCGGUGGUGUACAGAGCCGUUCUGUCCGUUGUGCCGAUCCAGCCGGCUGCUCAGGUCGUCCUGCAGCGACCCGCAACUGCACUCCCAGGGCGAAGUGUGACCCGCAUGAAGGACAUUGGUUCACUGGUGACUGGUCGCCCUGCACUACGACGUGUGAUGGUAGACAGAUCCGUGGAGUGCUGUGUAUAGGCGACACUGGGCGACAUUUACGUGACGCUGCGUGUAAAGCUCCUAAGCCAGAGCACGAGCGAACUUGUGGGGGAGAGUGUACGCCUACUUGGUACACCAGCGAUUGGGGACAGUGCACCUGCACCAACGGCACUGGUCUCCAACGUCGGUCAGUGGUAUGCGCUCGUGCAGACGGUCAGGAGCCACAUUGUGCGGAGACGCGGCCUGAUGAUGUGAGGACGUGUACUGCGGUGUGCACGGGCAUACCGCCUGAUCUUACUAUAGAAUCUCAAAAGAAAGCGACUGAAGUUCCCACUACAACUUCGUCAACAACUACGACUACUGAAAAGCAAAAUACGGGCUGCGAAGAUAAGUUGCCCAACUGCGCUCUGGCCGUCCAGGCGAGGCUUUGCCAUUACAAGUAUUAUAUUCAUAACUGUUGUGAUUCGUGUAGACUGUAGAAUAUAUAAAAAACUGUGAAAAUUGUUUAUAAG